AUGCCCGCUGCCACUCGUGCCGUCCUGCGGCAAUCGCAGUUCCUGACCCGGAGAACCGUCGUCAGACAUUCCUCUUCCACCUCGGAGGCCGCCUCCAAGGCUGGCCAGACUGCCUCAAAUGCUGCUUCUAAGGCUCAGGAGGGUCUGUCAAAGGCCACUGCUGCCGCUGGCCCGGCUCUCUCCAACGCCGCUUCCGCCCUGCGUAAGGUCGGCGGCCCCGUCGGCAAGGUCGUUUCGUUCGUCGACUCCAUGAUCCCCCCCACCGUCUACUACUCCAAGGUUGGCCUUGAGCUUGGCAAGCUGGUGUUCCGUGGCCAGGGCAUGGCCCCUCCCUCCAUGGCUACCUUCCAGUCCUACUUCCAGCCCCUGAUCAACGUCGCCCGCAACCCUGCCGCCAUCAAGAACCUCUCCGCCCCCUCUCCCCAGGGUUUCCUCGGCCGUGUCCGUAACGCCAACGCUAAGGAGAUCGCUCUGGUCGGUGUUACCGUCGCUGAGGUCAUCGGUUUCUUCACCGUCGGUGAGAUGGUUGGUCGCAUGAACAUUGUUGGCUACCGGGGCGAGGCUGCACACCACUAA